GUUUAAAUAGAGCGCCAGCAGCUGCAGCGGCGUUCUUAUGAGAUCCGUCAGAAAUCUGUUUGUCACUCUCGUCUCUCUGUAGAGCGGCAACGGUCAGGCAGCUAUCGCGCGCAUCCGUACCGGGAUCCUAUAGUGUUGAUACGGGGAGACGCGGCUGUAUUUAUGGCAACUUAGAGACGCAUGCCUUUUUUACAUUUUUUUUUAAUUCUCGUUGUUGUCAUUUACGGACAUUUGUCGCGUUAAAAUAGAAAAAUUGCUGAAGUGCAAACCCCCCCAAAGCACACCUGUUUAUAUCGGUCGGCAAGGUGUGCUUUUUUUCUUGUCAAGCUCAUAUUCUGAUAGUUUAAUGCGCUAUUUGGUCAAGUGGUGUAUAGUAUUUUAAUAUAUAUGUAUAUUAAUAGUUCUAUGCCAGUUGGGGUUAAUUUGAUGCUCAACCCAUAGCCUUCUCAUAUAAGCGGAUAGUUUAAAAAUAGAUUAGAUUUGAAUGUCAGCAGCACAAUAGAAAACUCAGGUUUUUUAGUUUAUUUUAAGACUUUAUUUUAUUUUUAUUUUUUUUGCAUUUGCAUUUGCGACGUAAAGACACGCAAUAGACAUGGUGAUAAACAUUGUCGUGGAGUUUUUCCUGGUCAUGUUGAAAGUCCUCUGGGCUAUCGUGGUGGCCGGACUCAAGUUGCUCAUACGGCCGAAAGAGAAGAGCGUAGCGGGACAGGUGUGCGUGAUCACCGGGGCUGGCGGCGGACUCGGGCGGCUCUUCGCGAAGGAGUUCGCCAGGCGCCGGGCAACAUUGGUGCUGUGGGACAUCAACAGCCAGAGCAACGAGGAGACUGCGGAGAUGGUGCGACAGAUCUACAGAGAAGACACCCCGAUGUCAAAAGAGGGAGCUGUUGGCGGUGUGGAAGAGGUCCCUCCUUUUCAGCCGCAGGUGUACACAUAUGUGGUUGAUGUGGGCAAGAGGGAAAGCGUGUACUCCACAGCGGAGAAAGUGCGCAGAGAAGUCGGUGAAGUGGACUUGUUGAUCAAUAACGCUGGUGUUGUGUCUGGCCACCACCUGCUUGAGUGCCCCGAUGAACUGAUCGAGCGGACGAUGGUGGUGAACUGCCAUGCACACUUCUGGACCACCAAGGCAUUUCUUCCCAAGAUGCUAGAGAUGAACCAUGGCCACAUUGUGACAGUUGCCAGUUCGCUGGGCCUAUUCAGCACAGCUGGUGUGGAGGAUUACUGCGCUAGCAAGUUCGGUGCCAUCGGCUUCCACGAGUCCCUUAGUCACGAAAUCAAGGCUUCAGAGAAGGACGGUAUCCACAUGACACUGGUGUGUCCUUACCUGGUGGACACGGGCAUGUUCAGAGGAUGUAGAAUAAGGAAAGAGAUCGAGCCCUUUCUCCCUCCAUUGAGGCCAGAGUUCUGCGUAAAACAGGCCAUGAGGGCUAUCCUGACAGACCAGCCCAUGAUCUGCACACCUCGCAUUGUAUACAUGGUCAACUUUAUGAAAAGCAUUUUGCCCUUCGAAGCGAUUGUGUGCAUGUACCGGUUCCUGGGGGCAGAUAAGUGCAUGUACCCCUUCCUGGCUCAGAGGAAGGAGGCAAUGAACAACAAUGAGGCCAAGAAUGGGAUAUAGAGGGCGCUGUUUGCAAGUUCCACAUGGAGCUAAUUUUUAACCCGCAAAAGGAUAAGACCACUGAGAGGGAAGACUGUAGAGAAAAGGACUGAGUUUAGACUGGUGCACUUGCAUUCGGCAGAUGCAAAGGUUUACCAUAUUGUUCCUCUGGAACAAAGAAAGCUGUGUACUACACUAAGGAUUUAUUUGUCAUUUUUUGUUUUUGUUUUGUGUUUUCAAUGGUUUGUUUAUAGAAACCAUCCAUCUAUAUACUGUCAAUAGUUUUGAAAUCAUACAUGAGAUAUUCAGUAAUUAACUAUUUACAUAAUGUAGUCACCAGCAUUAUCUAGUGUCUUUGUGAAACUAUACAGUAUGUUACUGUACGAACAGUAAAACCUUGUCACUUUUUUUUUUUUUCUUUUUUUUUUUUUUUGUGUGUAGACAUGCACUGUAUUUACUUUUCUCUACACUGCCAACAUUAUCACACUGUUCAAUGUGGUACUGCACCACUCCAAUUUCCAAUUCAUUUGAAGGCAGAUUAUAUAUCGGAAAGGGCCCAGUGAUAAAUCAUGUGAUGUUAACUUAAAGUCUGGUAAAUUGCAAAUGCUUCAGAAUAUGCCAAUUUCUGUUGACAAAGUUUGAGAUGGAAUGAAUGCUUGUAACAUUGUUUUCCUCUUCUUUUUUUAUUUUUUUUUUAUUAGUGUGUUCAACACUCUUUUUGGGUGAGAGGGAGCACAGUUUUUACUCUAAAUUAAGAAUGUCCUCUUCAGCAAUAUCUACAGACAGAUAUGUAUCAUGAAUAUGAAUUGGUGGUAUUCGGUGUAUGUGAAUGCAGAAAUGACCGACUCUUUGUCUGUAUGGAUUUCUUAAGCACUACAGAUAAUCUUUAAUUGAACACUACAUUUAGUUUGUGAUCCAUUUUGGUUUCAUGCAUUAACUACAACUUGUGGUUGUAGAUCUGGCAAAUUACCCACAUUUUUUUCUUAGUUAUUUGGAGGGAAUUCUUCACACAACAUUUGAAAAUGGUUUAAAAACUGGAACGUAAAAUGUCUAUCACAAUCGGAAAAUUAGGUAUUUUUGAUAGUGUCAGAUGUGCUCUCAAUGUACACACUCUUGUCCUGUUUAAAUGUUUAUCCAUUUCGUUGUAUGCAAACCUGGACCAUUGAAAUUACUUUUCACAGAUCGAUAUUUGAAUAUUUUUUAUGUUUAGUAGGAAAAAAGGACAAAACACAAGUUUAAACUACAUUCCAAUAGGCGUCCUUUCAUUCAUUGACUGUGAUGAGCCUAAAAUCUCUACCUCUUCAUGUUUGCCAUUUGUUAACAGUAUGACAUAAGUACUCUUUUUGUAACUUUCCUAAAGACUGCUCUAUAGAGGAGCAAACGAUGUGGUUCCAAUGUUUAGUGUCUCUACCUAACUUAAAUUAAUAAAAUGAUUUAGAUUA